CCGUCACUGAUGGUUCCGCCGCCACAUCUGGCGCCUCCCGAUUACGAAGAGGCGACCAAAAGUUGCGCCCCUCCUGACUACGAGACGGCCACCAAAUCCAACGAAUUCAAGUUCGUUCCCAACAUCACAACCAACCCCUCUAUACCCCCGACACCACCGCCGCCUCCAAUGGACACUACUUCACAACAAUCGACACAAUUGUCAAACACAGCACCGAAUGCAUCCAUACCUGAAUCAAGUGUUGCCUAACCCUAUCAACUGAUCUCUCAAAUAGUCAACAGACAAACUGGACUUUAUUUUACUCUCAUUUUUUGUUUAUGUCCUUAAUUUAACUCAAAAUUAUAUUUAAUCUCAUUUUUCGACUUUAUAUUAAUAUUUGAACUGAUAUUUAAGUUUUACGACUGAAAUAACUGUACAAUUAGUUAACGAAUUAUUGUUGAGAAACAAAUGGUUUAGUAAUAAAAGUACUGUUUUAUGAAGAGAUGGAUUGUUUCGAACAAAUGAUAGAUAUAUUCAUACAAAAACUUAUGUCAAUAUAUAAUUAAAUAAUCAUGUUUUCUGUGCCGUCAAAGUCAGCACCACUGGACGUAUCACU